UAUGGUGGAAAGUCAGUCUCACUGAAAAUUGAAAACAUCAUUUAACAACAGAAAAGUCAUGUUAGAUACUGUAAACCAACUAAAUUUGGCGAGCGAUUUAUUUUCGCGACUUUCCUACUUUUAUCGAUGAUUUCAGCAGAAGACAACUCUGUUCAUUAUUUUUCGGAAGGAAAUCCUCAGUAUACAUAUAAAAACAGACGAUUUUAUCUUAUUGUUACUAUAAAGUCUAAUUGUUCGCAAUGGUACGGUGAAUACACGUGCUCAGUAAGACUGAAGACUCCUAAUCCUACAACAUGGACAUCGAAACCUGUAUACAUAACGAAUAAAACUUCUCCAAAACUCAUAGAGCUUAAGUAUGAUAGAAACCUAAAUUUGCAAGCCUUAGUUAAUGGUUCUGAUUUUCAAUACGAAUGCAUAGCUACAGGAAUCCCAAAACCGAAUAUAACAUGGACAAAGUAUGGAGACAAAAGUUUUGUAUCAGUGGGUCCGAUGUUACAUUUUCCAUCAAUAACCAAAGCUGACGAUGGACAAUAUUUUUGUACAGCUGAUAAUGGCGUAGGCUGGGCACCACGUGAUGGCGGAACAUAUAUAAGAGUUAGAAGAUACAAACCGACGAUGAAAUAUAUAUCUAAUCCCAUUGAGACAGCGACAGAAAAUGAUUUAAUCAGUUUUUAUUAUACUUGCAUUUUGGAAGUCGAAGUACAUGGUUGUCCUCAUCCAACUGUUUCUUGGUGGAAGGAAAACGAGGAUGGAAGAAAGAAAAUAAUCAAAGAUGGUAUUAUGAUGGGACACGACUUUAGGAUAUAUGAUGGAGUUGAACAAGAUUGUUAUUCGGGUAAUAUAGACGAUACUGGAAAAACAUACCACAGUUUAAUAUGGAAUUAUUUUAACAAAACUGAUCUUGGAACCUAUGUCGCAAAAGCUGAGAGCAUAACUGGAAUAGCUGAACUGAAAUUCAUUUUCAGAGUUGAGGCUGACUAAAAUAUCACAUUGGAAAAAUUGAAGACAAUACUGAUGACUCUACAGAAACACGCCUGACAGCUCACACCUGCAUUAAUCUUUCCUUGUCUUUACAAUUUAUUAAAUCUAUAUCUACAUAAAACAGUAUCGAUACGCAAAUAACAGACUAAGACAAAUUUCUGUAUAAAGUAUAAAAUAUAAGUUUGUCUUAAUGUUUUGAUGUUCUUUUAUGUAGCAAUCUUUUGACUGGUAUCUAUGAUGAGCUCUGGUUUCUACGGUGAGUUUAGUGGGCUCAAGUCAUAUAAUUUUAGGUAAUUUUUUG